AUGACACAGCGGUCGCCUGAACAAACAAGACAUCAAGUAAUGUUAUACAGGGCAACCGAUUUUAUAUUUAGCACAGAUCUAGCUUAAAUCGAUGUACAAAGUCAAUAGUCUGAUCAAGAAGAUAGUGAAGUUUCUUAGGUUUCUAUAGAAGGAAACAUGUUUAGUGUGAGUGUGUAAUAGUGUUACAAAAACAGAUCCGUGUUAAUUACAGACAACAAAAGUUUACAGGGAACUUGGUCAUUACUUUACUAUCGAUUGACUGUACUAUUUAUAUUGCAAAAUGUCUCAAAUCCCGACAUUGCCUCUCAUUAUCAACUGCUGCAUGUCUGCUGUUGGCUGCUUUGCAACACUUAAACUCAUCCCAGCCUUCAAGCAGCACUUCAUAUCUGCCAAAUUAUACGGUCUGGACCUUAACAAAACCACAAAAAAGGAAGUGCCAGAGUCUCAAGGUGUGAUCAGUGGCACUGUCUUCCUUAUAAUCCUCUUUCUUUUCAUCCCUGUGCCUUUCCUCGGCUGCUUUGUGGGAGAGAAGUGUCAGGGCUUUCCUCACAAUGAGUUUGUGGAGCUGAUAGGUGCUCUCUUGGCUAUUUGCUGCAUGAUCUUUCUUGGCUUCGCUGAUGAUGUACUGAACCUGCGAUGGAGGCACAAGUUGCUGCUGCCCACCAUGGCCUCACUGCCUCUCCUCAUGGUUUACUUUACCAACUUUGGCAACACUGUCAUAGUGGUGCCCAAACCAUUUCGGGCCUUGCUGGGCCUGCACCUAGAUUUGGGCAUCCUGUAUUAUGUGUAUAUGGGAAUGCUGGCUGUGUUUUGUACUAAUGCCAUCAACAUCCUGGCCGGGAUUAAUGGCAUUGAGUCUGGACAGGCUCUCUUCAUCUCUGGCUCUAUCAUCAUCUUCAAUGUACUGGAGCUCAAUGGAGACUACAGAGAUGACCAUGUCUUCUCUUUGUACUUCAUGAUCCCUUUCUUUUUUACCACACUGGCUCUUUUCUACCACAACUGGUAUCCGUCUUCAGUGUUUGUAGGAGACACCUUCUGCUAUUUUGCUGGAAUGACCUUUGCUGUGGUGGGAAUUCUUGGCCAUUUCAGCAAGACCAUGCUGCUCUUCUUUAUCCCUCAAGUCAUAAACUUCGUCUACUCUUUGCCUCAGCUCUUCCACAUAGUUCCAUGUCCGAGACAUCGUCUGCCCAGGCUGCAGCCAGACAGUGGAAAGCUUGGAAUGAGCUUCUCAAAAUUCAAACAGAAGGACCUUGGCAAGCUGGGGCAGCUCAUAUUAAAGGUGGCAGAAACGUUAUGGCUGCUGGAUGUGCGCAGGGGUCAGGAGGGAGAUGAUGAGUUUAUCGAGUGCAAUAACAUGACCCUGAUUAAUCUGGUGCUGAAGAUCAUAGGACCCACACAUGAGAGAAAACUCACAGCUAUUAUGUUGUUAAUACAGGUUUUGGGGAGCGUGAUUGCUUUUGGGAUACGGUAUCAUCUGGUUCGACUCUUCUAUGACGUCUAGCCUUCAAAAAAUGAAAUCUAUAAGAACAGACAAUUUAACUUCUUUACAGAAAAAACACAAAGUUACAGCAGAUUUGAAUGACUGCAAGUCUGCUUUAAUUCCACUACAUGAGGAACAACACUGUAUAAUUUAAUUACCGUUAUAGAGUUUAUGGUUUUGGACACAAUAAGCAGCGUAUAAGUCCUGUUUUGUGGAGUAAAACACAGUGUUAAGAACAAGACACUGAAAUAAAAAUAUUUUAAGUUUUACAUUUUUAUUCCUGCAAUAAUUUUUUUGACUUGACAAUCACACUUAACUGUCGAAUGUGUAACAUCCACUAUAUGGUCAAAAGUAUUUGAAGAACUGAGCAGAUGCUUGUUUGACAUUCUGAAGUUUGCUUCCUCUUCAUUUGCUACUAUAACAACCUACAAUCUAGUGGGAAGGCUUUUCCAGAACAUUAAAGUGUGCCUGUGGGAUUUUCUGCAAAUACGAAUUUCAAAGAACAUUGUGAUCGUCAGGCACUGAUAGAGGACAAGGAGCUUUGGUUUACAAUCGACAGCCCAGUUUAUCCCAAAAGUGUCAGUACACAUUAAAUUGUCUUGCCUAAACUGCUGCCACAUAUUUGGUAAAAGAUUACUUGAAUUUGUACACCUGUUAGCAAUGGGUGUGGCUGGAAUGCCUAAGCUCAAUAACUAGGAUAUGAGUCUACAUACUAUUGAUCAUAUAGUGUAUUAUAUUUUGUACUUAAAUUAAAACACUACAUGUAAGUACAAUUAAGCUUCAGGUAUAUACCCAACGGUGAGUUCUUGUAUUAAAAUUUGAAUAGAUGUUG